CAGCAGCAGCAGCAAUGUGCGAAUGUGGCAACCGAGGCGCAGACAGGGAGGGGUGUUAGAUCCACCAAAACCGGGGCUUUUUUUGGUCCAUUUUCCUUUAACCCUUCAUUUUUACAGCCUGCGGUUCAUGCUGGAUUACGUCUGGAAAGUUAUUUCGCGCCGUAAUCCGUUGUUUGGUGACCGGGACCCGGAGCGUUUGUGGCACGGAUUCCUCCCCGAAAGAAAGAAGCCUCAAAAAAUGGGCCGAUAACGCAAAGGUGUUGUGCCGUGAAGCGAUUAUGACUUUGUGGGAUUAUUUAUUUUAAUUUAUUCCCCCCCUUCCUUUUUACCCUGUCCCCUCGUUUUGUUAAUCUUGAAAAUUGAACCCACGCCUUGCAGCUUAAAUUUGCGAGAACAAGGAGGGUUAUACUGUGCUGUACCAAACGGGACAAAAAAAAAAGAGGGACUAAACCAUGGAGCAAGCCGGUAUCCUGAAAAAGUUCAUCCAAACCGUGAAGGAAAUGAGCGAGGGAGACGAAGACAGGGGAGAGGACAACUUCGGCAGCGACUUUAUGAGGUUGCGGCGAUUAUCAACAAAAUACAGGACCGAGAAGAUCUACCCCACGAACGUCGGAGAGAGAGAGGAAAACGUGAAGAAGAACAGAUACAAAGACAUACUGCCAUUUGAUCACACGAGAGUGAAGGUGACGUUAAAAACGACCAAUCAGGACACAGAUUACAUCAACGCCAACUUUAUUAAGGGCAUCGACGGCCCGGAGGCGUACAUCGCCACUCAGGGCCCGCUGCCAAACACCGUCAUCGACUUCUGGAGGAUGAACUGGGAGUACAACGUGGCGGUUAUUGUCAUGGCGUGUCGGGAGUUCGAGAUGGGAAGGAAAAAAUGUGAGAAAUACUUCCCGCAGUUUGGAGAGGAGCCGCUGACUUUUGGACCUUUCAGAAUCUCCUGCGAGUCAGAACAGGCCAGAACAGACUACUUCAUCAGGACGCUGGUCGUGGAGCAUGAAAAUGAGACGAGGAGAAUAACCCAGUUUCACUACAUGAACUGGCCCGACCACGACGUCCCCUCUUCGUUUGACUCCAUCCUGGACAUGAUCGGACUGAUGCGAGAAUACCAGGAGCACGACGAUGUCCCUAUAUGUGUGCACUGCAGUGCUGGAUGUGGGCGGACCGGAGCCAUCUGUGCCAUUGACUACACAUGGAACCUGCUCAAAGCCGGGAAAAUUCCAGAAGAUUUUAACGUGUUUCGGUUAAUCCAGGAAAUGAGGACGCAAAGACACUCGGCUGUUCAGACCAAGGAGCAGUACGAGCUCGUGCACAAAGCCAUCGCGCAGCUCUUCCAGAAACAACUGCUGCUCCUGGAAAGUUCGUCGAGUCAGAUUCACGACGGCACGGAUGAAAGUAGUCCGGACAAAUCUCGACAGCAGUCAGACGAAGAGAGAUGGGACACGCCUCCUCCGAAGCCUCCGCGAAUCAGAAGCGCUCAGACGGAGGGAGAUGUGAAGGAGGAGAUCCUGCAGCCCCCCGAGCCUCACCCGGUGCCCCCCAUCCUCACCCCCUCUCCCCCCUCCGCCUUCCCCACCGUCACCAACGUACGCCAGGACAACGACCGCUACCACCCCAAACCUGUGCUGCACGUGCUCGCCACCACGCACAACAACACCACACAGAAGCAGGAAGUGGACCAGCAGCAGAACCAAUCAGAAACCUGCGCCAACACCAACAGCAGCCAGUCGGAGCUAAAGGACCAAAACGUAUCCAAACAACAAACCCAGACUUUAGACUUAAACGACAACUACAACAACAAAUCCUCUUCCACGACAUCGACGAAGUCCGACUCGGGAGCCAGCCAGACCCACACUCCCUCCUCGCCUCUGUCUCCCGUCAUCGAGGGCUCCGGCGCGCCCCGAAUCGAACGCAAACUGAGCAUAGAGAUCAAAAAGGUGCCGCUGCAGGAGGGACCGCGCAGUUUCGACACGACCAACUCCAUGGGCUUGGCGGCUUCUUCGGCAAACAGCGCGAACAUGCUGCACCGAUGCCACGCGUUCAAAACCAGGGCAGGACCCGCCAUUUUGACUUCCAGCUCGUCGCUUUCGGAAGAUUCGGGAACGGAGGGAGGAGCGGGAUCGUGCGGGGACGGCAAAGAAGACGGGGUUUUAGCGAGGCCAAAUCAUUUACCGGUGAAGAGUAGCGAAAAAGUCGAUAGCUUGGACGUCAAACCGGGGCACGCGGCGUGGAGCCAGCCGUCGACGAGCCCGGAGAAGAACCUCUCGAAAUCCUCGUCGUCUUCGUCCGAUCGCGUCCCCCAGAGCUCCUCCUGCUCCUCCCAUCUCUCCUCCUCGUCCUCGUCUUCUUCCUCCACGCCGGUCAGAACUGCGCUAAGCUUCACGAACCCGCUCCACUCGGACAACUCGGACGAAGAGGCGGACGCCGAGAUGGUGGUGGGCGGCGCGGGCGGCGUCGCCGGGUACCACCACCCUCACACGAGCGUCUCCACGGCGACGGCCGCCAUGGUGACCGCGUCUUCAGGGCUCCUCGGCGACCAGCUGCCGAUCAGGAAGGUGACGCCCAUGUCCAUCGCCGGGCAGAACACGCCGUCGCCGACCGCCAAUCCUGCAAAUCCGUUGGAGAUUAAAAGCGCCGCUGCAGAGUGGAGCAGUUCACACAAAGACUCAUCAGAUUGUGUUAAAAAGCCUUCUCCCUCAGACCCCAGCGCCCCCUCGCAGCCCACAGACAGCAGAGCGCAGCUGGGCGGGGUUCGGUAACCGCGGUGUGCAGCCCAAAGGCCCCCGGGAGCCCGCUGUGGAGCGGACAUGACCUGUCCCUAUAAAGACUCACUUAUACUGCCCUCUACUGGCUGCCCCCACACAGUCAAAACAAGAAAACAGACCACACAUUUUACAUCACAACGUAACUCUCUACGGACCCUCCUUCAAAAUGCAAAAACAGCAACUUUUUAUUGGUGGCAUUUUCAUACACACACGUGCAUACUGUUUUGUGUCUUGUAUCGGAUUAAAAGAUUAUUCCUGAUGAGCCAAUUUGAACACAUAAACCUUUACUUUUAAUUAGAGGUGUAACAAUAACCAAAAUAUCGUGAUAUCGUAUCGUCAUAGUUCUCGUGGACCAUCACAAUAUAUCGAAUUACAAGUCUCUCUGCUUAAAUUAAGAGUUAUGGUGCAGAAAUAGAUAAAAAAAAGACAGAACUACAUAGACCAUGAUCCUUUGCUCCAUUUCAGUGCAGACGACAAGAAGAAAUAACAGUUCUAACACUUUUAAGUCUUAGUUCUUUGGAUUAAAUCUUAUCAAGGCAUUUUAAGAGGAAAAAAGUCACGUAAUUAUUCACAAUUUUGUUAACUUCCACAAAAUAUCCCAAUAAAUAUCGUACCGUGAGCUUCAUACCGUGACGAUAUCGUAUCGUGAGACUUGGAUAUCGUUACACCUCUACUUUUAUUAUUAUUAUUUCAAACAUUACAACCAAAUAUUAGUGUUAUAAUUACGGAUGCAACGGUCCAGCCUUGUCAUUUCUGAUACCGAUUCCGAAACUAAAGCUUUACUUAUCUGCUGAUCCCCAAUUAAUUUCCUUUAAACAAAAAUAAAAUAACACAAAAUGGAUCCAAAUGUGUUACGUAGCUGUCAUUUAUCAAGUUUCUCUAAAUAAAAAUGAGAUUUCUAGACCAACUAUGCCCCGUAAACACUUUUUACGUCGAUUUCUGUCCAAUCAGGAUAUCAACUGAACCGAUAUUUGAAAACCAAUACCAAUUUUUUAGACUUGGACUUUGAUUUUUUUCAGUAUCGGUGCUGAUUUUCGAUAUAAUUAUCAAACUGGUGCAGCCUGAGUUAAAAUAACGUGAUCGAAUUUAAGAAAAUCAUCAAAAUAUGUAUAAUUUAUUGUAGUACUGCCCAUUUUUUUAUCCAUGUGAGUAAGUUGCCGUUGCGUUUUGUGAUUUAUUUCUAAAUAUUUUUUAUUAAAUUGCAAGAAAAUAGUAUUAUAACAAGUGCCAUAUGCUUUGGAUGUUUAUUUUAUGCAUCACUAUAGAAAAUCUAGACCCCUGCCAAGGCGUUACUUUUGUUUUAUAAUGCGAUAAAGCGCCAAAAAUAUAUUCUAGUUCUGGGGUAAAUGCUUCUUUUUAAAGCCAAAUUAUCCAGAUCCAAAAGUGUCAUGAUUUUAAUAUUAUUAUUGGUUUAACAUCACGUUUAAUCCACAUGCCCUUCCGUUCUUAUUUCUUAAAAUUUAUACAGAAUUUACACAAAAAUUUACGGUAAAAGCCAUAUCGUUUACAUAAAUCAGGAAUUAUCUUUGCCGAUACAAGAAGCAAAUUCCAAGUUUUUUUUUGUUUGUUUUGGUUUUUUUAACAACUUCUUCUAAGAAAACAUAAUUUAAAGGUGCACUGUGUAACUUUUCUGGUGGAGUUUCAGCCAACCGCUUGUCUCCAUGGCGAUACUGCUACAACAAUUACAACCGGUUUUAUCGCUAAACGUAAUGAGUUGAAAUAAAAUAAACGUGUUCAUAUUAGGGUGCGCGCUUCUCCAUAGAUCUAACCUGUCACUGCUUAUAAAAAUAGAUAUGUUUAAUGCAAUACUGCGGAACAUUCCAAGCAAAGCAGACCCUCCACCAGAAAAGUCAUGCAGUGUAGCUUUAGAUAUACUUUUUUUUUUCUUUCAACAUCUGUUUUUCGUUUCACAGUUUUUUCAGGGUGCUAUCUUGUCCUUUUCUCUUUCUCUCUCCGUCUUUGCUGGUGCUACACUCGAAAUGAAAAGCUAGAAUUUGACGUUUUUGAAAAUAUUUUGGUUUGGUAUUUUUUUAUUUUGACGUCUGGUUAAAGUACUACCUUUUUUUUUUCAGUUCGUGCCAUAGACUGUAUAAAGAAAUGGACUAAAGGAGAAUGACGUUAGAGGUUUUGCGCGGGACAGAAUUGUAAUUUUCAUUCCCGCUCCCGCUCGUAUCUGCAAUAUUUUGUCCUGUUCCUGCCCGCAAAUCCCGCAAAAUGGGGACGUUAGCUUUCUUAAACUCUAUCAAACACGAAGAAGCGGAAAGGAAUUGUCUAAAAUGUCUGCAAAUUUAGGCUGCUUCAAAUGUUUUUAUUAAUGCCAAAGGUAAACAUGAAUCAUUUGUAUAUUUUACUUUACACUCAUAUUUAAUAUUCCUGUCCCGUGCCCACAAUGAGCUUUCAAAAUGUGUCCUUCACCGCACUGUUUUGCGUCGGGUCCCGCAGGAGCGCAGGGCUCUGUGCAUUCGGCUCCAGUCAAAUGAAGCUCAUCGAGGCUGCAAUUUUAGGCGUGAAUUUGGAGCGAAGUCCAUAUUAGGAAUAGACAUUUAUUUUCGGACAACAUUGCAAAAUAAAAACAGCAGGAUCACAUAGAGCGGGUUGAUACGAAACACAUUUUAAGACCACGUCUGCAAGUUUAGGCUGCUUAAAAUAUUUUUACUAAAUAUGUCCCUCGCCGCACUGUUUUGCGUCGGCUUCCGCGGGAGUGCAGGGCUGUAUGUGACGUCACCUUCAGUCAAGUGAAGCUCAUCGAGGCUCACAGUUAUGAGGCUAAUUUGGAGCUAAGUCCAUAUUAGGAAUAGGCAUUUAUUUACGGACAAAAUAGCAUUUAUUUAAACUCUAACACAGAGAAGCAGAAAGAAAUUGUCUAAAAUGUGCAGAUUUUAGAUUAGAGUUUAGAAUUAAAGAUUAGACCACGUCCGCAAAUUUAGGCUGCUUAAAAUGUUUUUAUUAAUACCAAGUUAAAUAUCCAGCAAAAAUGAUGGAUGAUAGACAAACAUUAAUAAUUUGUAUAUUUUAUUUUACACUCAUAUUCAGUUUACGGGACUGCAGUUUAUCAUCCUGCCCGAACACUCCCGCGUUGUGCAGUCCCGCUCCCGCCCGAGCUUUAAAAAUGGUUCCCGUGCUGCACUGUUUUGCGUCGGGUCCCGCGGGAUUUCAGGGCUCUAUGCGACGUCACCCACAGCGUUCGGAGCAAAAUAGCGAAAUAAAAACGGCAGGAUCACGUAGAGCGGGUUGACACGAACACAUUUUAAGACCAAAACGACGAAGCUCACAGCAGCAGUUACGGAAAAAGUGUGACGAUUUUUCAAUGUAAAGUCAACUGGAGCCAGAGUCGAUGGAGCCGGAAGCGCGCCCAUGCCCGCUUCCUAUUUGUUAGCCUUUGUCCAUUUAUAUAUACAGUCUAUGGUUAGUUCAUACUGUAGAAAUAUUGUCAGCUCCUUUCAGAGGGCAUUAUUUAUUUCCGCAAAGUAGAGCCAAAGAUGUAACCAACUUAUUUUAACGUAAAUAUCGGCAAGUGUCGCGCAAUCACGGGAUCGUUUUGUCAUUUCUUAGUAAAGCAAAGAACUCACUAGCAAAUUAAAUGUAGUAAUAAUUAAAGAUAACAGACUAUUUUUGCCAGCAAUUCCAAGUGUUUUUCAAUCAGUGUUACAAUCAGCCAGUGUACAAGGUCUUAUAUUGUGCUUAUCUGUUUUUUUUUUUUACUGCGAUAUAUCUUGUGUUUGGUUUCAUUUUUGCUGAUUUAAAGGGCCCGUAUUACGCUAUUUUCUGAUUUAUGUUAUAAUGUUGUUUCCUCGUCACAAACAGACCCGGAGUUGUGUUGUUUUUUUUUUCCAUUCACGCAUGUUUAAUUAACUCGCAACGUCUGCAUUUUUAGGCUGAGUUCUUCUCUCAAACUGAAAACACGCCGUUCCACCUUGUGAUGUCAUGAAGUGGGAAGAAGUGGGAAGUGCUCUGUUGUGUUUUUAAACUCCACGCACGUUCAAUAGAAUCGUUUGCGUAGAAAUUGGAAAUUCCAGCGACGAAAUCAACCAAACAAAAGAAGGUAAAAUGUAGCUGUUGACUUGAAAACUACCGCUUCAUGACAUCACAAGGUGGAACGGAGCGUUAUGAGGUUUGGAGAUGUAGACAGACUAAUAAUAAAGUGUUACUCAAACAUGUGUGAGUGAAACAAAACACAACUCCAGGUCUGUUUUUGAGGAGGUAACGACAUUAUAACAUGACUUAAAGCUCACAAGUGUCAAUUUUGCGUAAUAUAGGACCUUCAAAGGGACAGAAUUUUCGAAAUUUUGGACAUUGGACGUCAUUUCCUAGUGAUCCGGAGACGUGUGGAGACACUUUUUAACAUAUUCUAUCCAGUCCUUGUAUUUGCAGAGGUCGCUGGUGUUGGACUAGUGCAUGUCAAUGGUCAUAUUUAUCCUGCCACUAAAAACAGUCUUACCCACUCCACAAAACACCCGAAGAAAAUCUAUUAUUACACCAGACUGUCCAUGUAAAUGUCUGUGUUGAUAGAAUAAUGCUUGAAAUAAAUCUAACCUUGCGUCGCAUGAAUCGUCGCAUGUUGAGGGACUAUUUUCUCUGAUAUCAGUCCGCCGCUGCCGAGCUUUCUAUCAAGAAGUACAACUCGCUGCUGCUGCUCAGACAUACCAUAAAUUCCGGACUAUAAGCCGCUACUUUUUCUCACAGUUUGAACCUUGGAUAAUAAAACGAUGCGGCGAAUAUAUGGACGGAUUCUUUGUUUGGCACAUUGUCCAUUCAUAUAUAGGGUUAGGGUUAGGGUCUAUGGUUUAGUAACACAGUGGAUACAUGCAGCCUGAGUGAAGAAAAUGCCGUUGUCUGUGCGCUUACACAUGGAUCUAGGGUUUACAUGAAGUCUACAUGAGCUCGCGAUAUUGUCAGCGCACUCAAACAGUUUAUCGUCGUGUGAUAAAAUAAGUUAUGAUGCUAAAUGAUCAUUAGUGAGCGGGAUAAGUCUUACCCGUGUGUGUAAAUGAUGAGAAAAUGUCUCAGACUUCAGUAGCCGGACAUCCACUCAGACCUGAUUGACACAACUAACCCCUCCCCCGAGAGAGUCUGAAAUCUGCUGAAAUCCUCCAAGACACUGACAUGAUACAGACAGGACAGAGACUCUUUCUGCAGGAGACAUGCGCAGUAGAGACUAAAUGAUGCGCUGAGGAAGAUGCUCGUUUAAUUGUGUUUCGAACAGUUAUUUUGCGCUUUAUACACACACCCUCCUCACUUAAAACACACGAAGAAACGCAGAUGACGCAGCUUUUAAGUUAAAGUCGAUUGAUGCGUCUGUGGAAGAAGGAAACAGAGCUGCCGCACGUGAGCUCGGCGUCAGUGAGUCGACGGUGAGAUUUUGGCGACGGCAGCGCGACGAACUGACUCGACGCGAAAAGACGACAGAAACUUUCAGAGGCGAUAAAAGCAGACGAACCAAACUCGAAAAAACGUUCUCGAAGACGUGGACACCUGCAGCUUAUAUUCAGGUGCGGUCUAUAUAUGUACAACUUAAAUUCAGGUGCGCUCAAUAGUCCAGAAUUUACGGUAAAUCCUUCAAAUGCAAGGUUGGUUUUACUUCUUUUACUUAUUCUAUCAACAAAAACAUUUACAUCGACAGUCUGGUGUAAUAAAAGAUUUGUUUCGGGUGUUUUUUGGAGUGGGUAAGACCAGCGACCUCUGGAAAUACAAGGACUGGAUGGAAUAUUUUUUUAAAAAAGCGUCUCCACACGUCUCCAACACUCUGGAUCACGAGGAAACGAGCUCCUAUGUCCAAAAUUCCGCACUGUCCCUUUAAGGAAUCUUCUCCGGUAUAAAGACAAUUCUCAAUUCCGACAGCAGCCUCUAGAGGGAGCCAGGUUUAGUACUUAGGUCUACUGCUUUAGCACCAUCGACAUUACUGUACAGGACGGUUUAUUAAUAUACUUACACAAUUUGUCACAUUUUUUUGCAAUCUUUUAAACUUAACAGAAGAUGUAAGAAAGUCAAUGCAUGAUCGUAAGACUAUUUUUGUUUUUCUUUAUUUGUAAAUUAUUCUGAACAGACUUUGCAAAGAUUUCAGGGUUAUUUUUUAUGUUUGAUCUGUUUAAUAAUUUUGAAAGAUAUUGUUUAAUGAAUACACUGGCGGAGUUAAACUCGCACUGUGGAACUUUUCGGGGCGGAGGCUCCGUUAAAACGCUUUUCGUUUUCCGUGGAAAUGUUAGUUUCGGGCGGGAAUGCUUCACGGUUUGGGUGUUAAACCCUUCUGUCGUCAUGGAAACCAGAUUUUAGACAGCAUGGCAUUAAAUCUUUCUGUCUAUCAUCGUGGAAACCGAACUUUUAGACCGAGUUGCAGGUCAGAUCUGCGGAGAGGCGACCCCGCUCACAGUCAGAACGCUGGUUUUUCUACAUAUUUUUUGAGCUGUAAACCCACUUGUAAUUGAAUAAACGUAAAGUAGAGCUGUUUAAAGUCACACUGUGGGACAUUCCAAGCGUAGCAAUGGCGUAUCCACGGAAACGAGCAAGCGACGGGCCUCCUGCCUACCAGAAAGUUACACAGUGCGCCUUUAAAGCUUUGACUGCCAGGACAGAGAUCUACCACGGGCUCCUAAAAGAUUGUAAAGAUAUUAAUAAUGAUAAUAAUAAUAAUGGUUGUUUUUGUAAAUUGUAUUUUAAAAGUUAUUUUUGUAUACACCGUUGUCUGUCACUCCACCGCUUCUCGUUCGAACCUGAACACGUAACGGAAAAUCUCUCUCCUUUUGAAGCUAGAUCUCUUCGUUCUCUUUCCCGAUCUUUUUCGCUUUUUCGCUUCUUUACGUACGCUCAAAGUAACAGCUUAAUUUUGAUCGAAUUACGUCGUUUUUCCUACGACGUUAAAGCCGCAGUGUGUAACUUUUUAACUUUUAAGGAUUCAAAUAAAAGCGUGUUGUUGUUUUUUAAAUUUUGGUUGUGUUAACUGCGCUGAAAAACGGUAAAAAAAAGCUAAAAAUGUCCUUACAGCGACUGGGCUUGCAUCUCCGCAAACCUGACUCCUCCUCCUUGUUUCCAUGGAGAUUAAGUUCCUUUCUGGCUAUAAUCUGGUGUAAAACAUAUCGGACUCCAUGGAGAAUGAUCCAGUGUUUGGUUUUUUCCAUGGAAUCAUACAAGUGACAGGCCAUUUGCAGAAAGUUACAUACUGCGGCUUUAAAUUUAAUGCAAGCGUUUUUUUUUGGGGGUUUUUUUUAAGCUUUUUUGGUUAAAAUGGACUUUCAGUUAUCGUAAAAGUUUAGAUGUUUAAAAAAUGACACAUUUGAUUAACAGUCCUGUUAUUUUUGAGUGUAUUUUCCUUUUUUUUUUUUUUUUUUUUCCAUCUUUUCAAUCAUGCUACCAAAAUGUAUUAACCCCUUUCAAUUAUUUUUGUUCCGCUGUCCAACAUUUAAGGUUUAGUCUGCAAAAAUACGCCUUCGUUCAAAUAGAAACUCAGAAUUUUCAUCUUGAUUUGAGUAAGUUUGACUAAUUUUGAGGAUCCGUUUGGUUUGAAACUGUUAUUUUUAUUCAUUUAUUUUCUCAGCGUCCGUCAAAAAUAACCUUUAUUUGGAAAUUCUUAGCCAAAUGAUUUUACAGACUUAUAAUAUAAAAACAGUGCACUUAUAUAAUAGGAAAUGUGUGAAUUAUUGAACUAAUUACAAAAUAAAUCUGAAUAAGGGUUGUUAAAAGUAUCGAAAAUCAGAUACGAAUCGAUACUCAGACCGAUUUAAGGUUGAAAAUGACGUUCUGUUGUCUAAAGAAAGUGUUUUUAUUAUCAUUGUAGUAUCGAAAUUCGUUCCAAAAUUAGUCAAAGCUGCUCAAUUCAAGAUUUCUGAGUAAUUCUAACUCAUCGCGAUUCAUUUUUUGCUGUGAAAACUUCUAUUCUUUCUACCUCUCGUUUUGUAUCGCCCUCCCCGCGCACUCUAGCCUCAGAAAGAGCCUGCCUGUGCCUUUAAGACUCUGCCCCCGCCCCCUUUCCCCUUCCUCUCGUCCAAUCGGCAUCGCCACAAUCACACGUGCCCCUCCUCCCACUUUCGCCCACCCGUUUAGCCAAAAGUUGCCCCCACCUCCGCCCCGCCCACAUUUAGUUUGUAUGUUGCAGAAAUCAAUCAAUAGUAGAGCUCUUUUUGUACCUGUAAGUAUUGGACAUAAUGAGAUGUAUGCGUGCGUGUGUACAUAUGAAUAAAAAUGCAUUAGUUUACAAUCUACAGGUGGUUCAUGGAUCACUUUGAAUUGUCUCCGAAGCCACAAGAAAUAAAAGAAUUUAAUCAUG